GAGCAUAAGUGGCCUCCUCUUUCUGUUUCUUCUCUGUGUUCUAUUCCAUGGCUAAAAUACCAUCUUUAACCAGCAAACCUGGUUUCAUGACUUCAACAAUGCUACUUUUUAGCCUCCUUAUGGCUAUCCUCAAUACCACAAGUGCUAAGGUAGGUGUUUGCUAUGGAUUGCUUGGGAAUAAUUUACCAUCCAAGCAAGAAGUCAUAGUUCUCUACAAACAACACAACAUCCAAAGAAUGAGACUCUACGGUCCCGAUCACGACGCUCUCCAAGCCCUUGGCGGCUCUAAUAUCGAGCUCAUGCUCGCCGCACCGUUCAUCGUCCCCGCCAUGGAAAAAAUCCAAAAUUCCCUCAACGGGGCGGGGCUUGGAAUCAAAGUUUCCACCGCCAUCCACACCGGAACGCUAGGAGUUUCCUACCCUCCGUCCAAGGGCAGUUUCAACACGGGGUAUAAACAGAUUCUCGACCCGCUCAUCAGGUUUUUAGUGAAGAACAAUUCUCCUUUACUUGUCAACGUCUACCCUUACUUCAGCUAUAUCGGAAACAUGAAGAAUAUCCACCUUGAAUACGCCCUCUUCACGGCACCAGGUCCGGUGGUGUUCGAUCAGAAGCUACAGUACCAGAACCUGUUUGAUGCAAUUGUUGACGCAGUGUACGCCGCCCUUGAGAAGUCCGGUGGGGGGUCUGUGGAGGUUGUGGUGUCGGAGACGGGCUGGCCAUCGGCUGGUGGAACGGCAACGAGCGUGGACAAUGCGAGAACUUAUAAUUCCAAUCUGGUUCGGCAUGUGGAUGGAGGGACUCCAAAACGGCCUGGGAAACCAAUUGAGACUUACAUUUUUGCAAUGUUUAAUGAGAAUCAGAAAAAACCGGAACUGGAAAAACAUUGGGGGCUGUUUUUUCCGAACAAGCAGCCUAAAUACCAGAUUAACUUUAAUUGAUUGUUGCUGCGGGAAGGCAACAGGGGCAUGGAUGAAGUUGAAAUAUAAAAAAUAAGGCAUUUC